AUGCUAAAGAAGUCCACCUGGAUGCAUGCUCGGUCGCGUCAAUGGCACCUGCUGGACUAUGUCCUUAUCCGAAUGCGAGAUCAGCGAGACGUGCUGGUGACAAAGGCGAUUCCGGAUGCCGAUGGGCGGACCGACAAUCUCAGGUUAGCAAAAGUAAGAGAUCCGGGUCGGUAAUCUGAGGAGAAUGAAUUGCUCAGCCAGAAGAGUCCCCCGAUCCGGUGAGCAAUUCAUUCUCCUCAGAGGACUGACAAUCGCCUCGUCAUCUCGAAGAUGCGUAUUCGCCUACAGCCUCGCAGGAGACCACAAGGUAAGCAACCCCCGGGUAAGCUGGAUAUUGCUUUGUUGUCUUCGCCUGCUCACCACCUCCAUUUCAGCAACGAGCUGCCUAAACGGCUAGGAAACCUUACAGUCGCCGUCGCCGCCGCUGACGAGAACGCCUCCAUGGAGAACCGAUUACGUCAACAGCGGGACACAGUCCAGUCGACGGCGCUAGCCGUCCUCGGUCGCGCACGCCGCCAACACCAGGAAUGGUUUGACGACAACGACGCCGUCAUCAGCAACCUGCUCGCCGAACAGAACCGCCUACACAGUCUACGCCGACCGUCCCACCGACGAAAACCGAGGUACUUUCUAUCCCAGUCGUCGCCCCAUUCAACAGCGACUGCGCGAGAUUCAGGACGCUUGAACGACUCGCAAGGCCAAGGAGAUCCAAGGGUUCGCGGACCGCAACGAGUGGAAGAACUUCUCCUCCACGAUCAAAGCUGUCUACGGUUCGCCAACCAUAGGCAGUGCUGCUCUCCUCAUCGCCGACGGCAGUACCCUCCUCACUGA